AUAGUGAUGGUGAUGAUAGUGAUGAUGGUGAUGAUAGUGAUGGUGAUUAUAGUGAUGUCAUGAUUGUGAUGGUCAUGAUUGUGUUGGUCAUGAUAGUGAUGGUGAUAGCGAUGGUGAUGGUGAUAGUGAUGGUGAUGAUGUUGAUGGUGAUAGUGAUGGUGAUGAUAGUCAUAGUGAUGAUAGUGAUGGUGAUGAUAGUGAUGGUGAUGGUGUUGAUAGUGAUGGUGAUGAUAGUGACAGUGAUGAUAGUGAUGGUGAUGGUGAUGGUGAUGAUAGUGACAGUGAUGAUAGUGAUGGUGAUGGUGAUGGUGAUGAUAGUGGUGGUGAUGGUGAUGGUGAUGAUGGUGAUGAUAGUGAUGGUGAUUAUAGUGAUGUCAUGAUUGUGAUGGUCAUGAUUGUGAUGGUAAUGAUUGUGUUGGUCAUGAUAGUGAUGGUGAUAGCGAUGGUGUUGAUAGUGAUGGUGAUGAUAGUGAUGGUGAUGAUAGUGAUGGUGAUGAUAGUGAUGGUGAUUAUAGUGAUGUCAUGAUCGUGAUGGUGAUGGUGAUGAUAGUGAUGGUGAUAGUGAUGGUGAUGAUAGUGAUGGUGUUGAUAGUGAUGGUGAUGAUAGUGAUGAUCAUGAUUGUGAUGGUGAUGGUGUUGAUAGUGAUGAUGAUGAUAGUGAUGGUGAUGGUGAUGGUGAUGGUGUUGAUAGUGAUGGGGAUAGUGAUGGUGAUGGUGUUGAUAGUGAUGGUGAUGAUAGUGAUGGUGAUGAUAGUGAUGGUGUUGAUAGUGAUGGUGUUGAUAGUGAUGGUGUUGAUAGUGAUGUUGUUGAUAGUGAUUGUGUUGAUAGUGAUGGUGAUGAUAGUGAUGGUGAUGAUAGUGAUGGUGUUGAUAGUGAUGGUGUUGAUAGUGAUGGUGUUGAUAGUGAUGGUGUUGAUAGUGAUGUUGAUGAUAGUGAUGUUGAUGAUAGUGAUGGUGUUGAUAGUGAUGGUGUUGAUAGUGAUGUUGAUGAUAGUGAUGUUGAUGAUAGUGAUGGUGAUGAUAGUGAUGGUGUUGAUAGUGAUGGUGUUGAUAGUGAUGGUGUUGAUAGUGAUGGUGUUGAUAGUGAUGUUGAUGAUAGUGAUGGUGUUGAUAGUGAUGGUGUUGAUAGUGAUGGUGUUGAUAGUGAUGGUGAUGAUAGUGAUGGUGAUGAUAGUGAUGGUGUUGAUAGUGAUGGUGUUGAUAGUGAUGGUGUUGAUAGUGAUGUUGAUGAUAGUGAUGGUGUUGAUAGUGAUGGUGAUGAUAGUGAUGGUGAUGAUAGUGAUGGUGUUGAUAGUGAUGGUGUUGAUAGUGAUGGUGUUGAUAGUGAUGGUGUUGAUAGUGAUGUUGAUGAUAGUGAUGGUGUUGAUAGUGAUGUUGAUGAUAGUGAUGGUGUUGAUAGUGAUGUUGAUGAUAGUGAUGGUGUUGAUAGUGAUGUUGAUGAUAGUGAUGUUGAUGAUAGUGAUGGUGAUGAUAGUGAUGGUGUUGAUAGUGAUGGUGUUGAUAGUGAUGGUGAUGAUAGUGAUGGUGUUGAUAGUGAUGGUGUUGAUAGUGAUGGUGUUGAUAGUGAUGUUGAUGAUAGUGAUGUUGAUGAUAGUGAUGGUGUUGAUAGUGAUGUUCAUGAUAGUGAUGGUGAUGAUAGUGAUGGUGAUGAUAGUGAUGGUGUUGAUAGUGAUGGUGUUGAUAGUGAUGGUGUUGAUAGUGAUGGUGUUGAUAGUGAUGUUGAUGAUAGUGAUGUUGAUGAUAGUGAUGGUGAUGAUAGUGAUGGUGUUGAUAGUGAUGGUGUUGAUAGUGAUGGUGUUGAUAGUGAUGGUGAUGAUAGUGAUGGUGUUGAUAGUGAUGGUGUUGAUAGUGAUGGUGUUGAUAGUGAUGGUGUUGAUAGUGAUGGUGUUGAUAGUGAUGUUGAUGAUAGUGAUGGUGAUGAUAGUGAUGGUGUUGAUAGUGAUGUUGAUGAUAGUGAUGUUGAUGAUAGUGAUGGUGAUGAUAGUGAUGGUGUUGAUAGUGAUGGUGUUGAUAGUGAUGGUGUUGAUAGUGAUGGUGUUGAUAGUGAUGUUGAUGAUAGUGAUGGUGAUGAUAGUGAUGGUGUUGAUAGUGAUGUUGAUGAUAGUGAUGGUGAUGAUAGUGAUGGUGUUGAUAGUGAUGUUGAUGAUAGUGAUGUUGAUGAUAGUGAUGGUGAUGAUAGUGAUGUUGAUGAUAGUGAUGGUGAUGAUAGUGAUGUUGAUGAUAGUGAUGGUGAUGAUAGUGAUGUUGAUGAUAGUGAUGUUGAUGAUAGUGAUGGUGAUGAUAGUGAUGUUGAUGAUAGUGAUGGUGAUGAUAGUGAUGGUGAUGAUAGUGAUGGUGGUGAUAGUGAUGGUGUUGAUAGUGAUGGUGUUGAUAGUGAUGGUGUUGAUAGUGAUGUUGAUGAUAGUGAUGUUGAUGAUAGUGAUGGUGUUGAUAGUGAUGGUGUUGAUAGUGAUGUUGAUGAUAGUGAUGUUGAUGAUAGUGAUGGUGAUGAUAGUGAUGGUGUUGAUAGUGAUGGUGUUGAUAGUGAUGGUGUUGAUAGUGAUGGUGUUGAUAGUGAUGUUGAUGAUAGUGAUGGCGAUCUUACCUUUUUAAAGAGCAGUCCUGUCCAAACAUUUAUCAAUCAACUGACUUCACUCAAUGUCGUUAUGUGUUUUAAUUGUAUUGUAACGGGCAGCUUUAAUACUCAUCUGCCAGAGAGCUAUGAAUCUUCAAAUGUCACGGGGAAAAGAAGACACAUUUCGACAUCUACCAACAGAGCCGUGGUGCCGUUGUUUCAUGAUGCUCAAUGAUAAUUGCAGGCUGCUGGUUGAUCCGCUAAAGAGCAAAGCCUCCAUAUUUCUCAAAAAGCCAUCCUCCUCAUUUCCUCUCCUUUUCUUCAUCCUCCUCAUCCUCCUGCUCUUCAAAUGUCAGGCAGACAGAGGGAUGUAACAGGUGGUUGAGGAGAGGGAGAUUUUUGAACUCAAUCGAGAAAAGAGUAAGUUGUGUGUGUGUGUGUGUGUGUGUGUGUGUGUGUGUGUGUGUGUGUGUGUGUGUGUGUGUGUGUGUGUGUGUGUGUGUGUGUGUGUGUGUGUGUGUGUGUGUGUGUGUGUGUGUGGGUGUGUGUGGG